GUUACAACAUGUUAUCAGAUUAAAAGAUUGGUGCUCGCAGCCCCUCCAAUAGCUCGUCGUGCACGUGGCUACCACCAUUUCUCCUCGCAUGAAUAGCGAGUACCAACAUCGGACAUGUUUGAAAAAUUAGUAAGCCUAUAAGAUUAGGCAAGAUGCCAUCGGAUAAGAUCAGGAAGAAGAUAUCGGAGGAGACGAUGGCGAUCCUCGCACCCUCCCUCCUCUCCCCGCUAUUCGUGGUGCUCCUGGCGAGCACCAACUGCCGUGGAUUCGAGAUCAAAGAAGCCACCGUUGACGGCAUCCAGCAGGCCUUCAAGGAGGGCAGUCUCACCUCCAGACGGCUCGUGGAGUACUACCUCGACCAGAUCCAGACCCUCAACCCACUGCUCCACGCCGUGAUCGAGGUCAACCCGGACGCGGUCCCGCAGGCGGACCGGGCCGACGAGGAGCGCCUUAGCGGACGACACCCGGGCGGGGGCCUCCACGGGAUCCCCAUUCUCCUCAAGGACAACAUCGCCACCCGGGACCAGCUCAACACGACCGCCGGCUCGCUCGCCCUGCUCGGCUCCGUGGUGCCGCGCGACGCCGGCGUGGUCCGGCGGCUGAGGCAGGCUGGCGCGGUGAUACUGGGGAAGGCCAGCCUCGGCGAGUGGGGCAACUUCCGCUCCCACCGCAUCCCGAGCGGGUGGAGCGCCCGCGGCGGCCAGGGCCGGAAUCCGUACGCGCUGUCGAAGUAUCCGUGCGGGUCGAGCACCGGGUCGGCGAUCGCGGUGGCGGCGAACAUGGUAGCGGUGACGCUGGGGACGGAGACGGACGGUUCCAUCAUCUGCGCCGCGGCCCAUGAUUCGGUGGUGGGGAUCAAGCCCACGAUGGGGCUCACCAGCCGGGCUGGGGUCAUCCCCAUCUCUCCCACCAUGGACACCAUUGGACCACUUUGUCGAACGGUGUCAGACGGCGUGCAUGUAUUGGAGGCAAUUGUGGGAUAUGACUCACGAGAUGCGGAUGCCACGCUAGCGGCAUCAAGUUACAUACCUCAGGGUGGGUACAGGCAGUUCUUGAGGCUGGGGGGGCUGAAAGGCAAGAGGUUGGGAAUUCUGAGGAAGGGCUUCUUUGAAUUCCCCAAAGGAUCCAUCUAUCAAGAAGUUUUCGAGGAGCAUUUCAACACAAUGAGGAAAGCUGGAGCCAUUUUGAUUGAUAACCUCGAAAUAAAUAAUGCAAGCAUCAUCCGUGACGCUAAGAAAAGUGGCGAGAAGGCUGUGAUGUUGGCAGAGUUUAAGCUAUAUUUGAAUGUGUACUUAUCAGAGUUGUCUAAUUCUCCUGUUAGGUCUCUUGCAGAUGUAAUAGCCUUCAACAAUGAACAUAGUGCUGAGGAGAGGAUAGCUGAUUUUGGUCAAUCUAUCCUUUUGGAAGCUCAAAACACAAAUGGAAUAGGUCCUGUUGAAAGAAAUGCAAUUGCUAAAAUGACUCGUCUCUCUUUGGAAGGAUUGGAAAGGUUACUGAUGGAGAAGCAACUGGAUGCAAUUGUAACACCAGGUGCGUCUGCAUCAAGUGUUCUUGCAAUUGGUGGAUACCCAGGUAUCAGUGUCCCUGCAGGAUAUGGAACAAACGGAGUUCCUUUUGGAAUUUGUUUUGGUGGUCUAAAGGGUUCAGAACCAAAGUUAAUUGAGAUAGCUUAUGCUUUUGAGCAAGCGACAACUGUUCGAAAGCCUCCUUCAUUUAAGCCUGGAACGUCAGCAUUCCAGCCAUUGAAAGAGUGGUGAUUUGUAUUGUCAGACAAAUUUCUUUUUAUGUGACUAGUGUUUUCGACAUUUUGUUUGAAACAAUGAAUCAUUUGAGUGUGAAACAAUUUCAUUUGUAUUAAUCACAUCAAGCUAAUCUACUUUCAUGGUUUUU